ACAGGAAGUACGCACAUGCGCAGCUACGCUACAACACCACCAACACAACAGGCGGAAAGAAUAAUGAAUGAAAUUUGCUUGCUUUUACAAGUGCCGUCCAUUCACACGAAAGAUCUGAAAAGUUCUUGCUCAACAUGUAAGCAAAUAACAGACAAUUUCCAAAAGGGCUUUGACAGAACAUCUAAGAAAAAUUUUGGAGGUGGGAACACAGCAUGGGAGGAGAAGACUUUGUCAAAAUAUGAAACCAGUGAGAUCCGCUUGGUGGAGAUUCUUGACGAUCUGUGUGACAGCAGUAGCUUUGAGUGCAAUCAAAUGGUCGAAGAGCAUGAGGACCACUUUGAAACUUGGUGGUUCAAGAAGAAAUCAAAACACCCUGACCUUCACAAGUGGUUUUGCAUUGACACCUUAAAAGUAUGCUGUCCCCGUGGAACAUUUGGGAAGCAGUGCAAAGCUUGUGAUGGAGGAUCUGAGAAACCUUGCCAUGGUAACGGGCUAUGUGACGGUGACGGGACUAGAGGAGGCAAUGGCAAGUGCAGCUGCAACAAAGAAUACAAAGGAGAAUUCUGCCUGGACUGCAGAGACGGAUACUUCAAUGAACAACGAAACGACACAUAUUCCCUUUGCACAGAAUGUGACAGCUCCUGUAAGACGUGCUCCGGCGCGACCCAUAAGGACUGUGACGAGUGCAAAGAUGGAUGGGAGGAGGAUGAUGACGAGGCUUGCAUCGACGUGGACGAGUGUGCAAGGGAAACCUCCCCAUGCAGAGGAGACCAGUAUUGCCUCAACACUCAAGGUUCCUAUACCUGCUCAGCUUGCCAUAAGGCCUGCUCUGGGUGUAAAGGACCUGGACCUCUGCAGUGUGCUGCUUGUGCAGCAGGAUAUACAGAAGAUGGAGGAGAAUGCACUGACAUAAAUGAGUGUGAGCAGCCUGAAGCGGUGUGCACUGAGGAGAACCAGGAGUGCCGCAACACAAUUGGCAGCUACAGCUGCGAGUGUGCCGAUGGAUUCCAUGAAGAAGAUGGAAGCUGUGUCCCCACGCCAGAUGAGCAGCAGGAGAAUCCGUCGGAGGACCAACAGGCCCAGGAUUCAAAGCAGGCCGAGCAGCACGAAGACUUGUAAUGGCAACAGUACACUAGUUAUUUUAAUUCCUCUAUUGGACACAAGGGGGCGCCGCUGCACUUAUGAUGACCACUUGGCGGCACAUGGCAACAAUGGAACAAUGCUUUUGGACAUCUUGGCCCUCACUGAAUUCAACUGACUCAGCAACACAUGGCUUUUUUUUUUUUUACCAGGAACUGUCCCAUGGAACAAUGGAAAAAACAGAGUCAUCCUUUAAGUUUAAGUGUUGUUUUGAUGAUUCGCAAAAAGAGACACAUUGUCUCUCCAGGUGAAAUCUAAUAAAAUUCAAGACCUUUA